AUGAGCAAUCAGUACCAGGAGGAGGGCUGCUCCGAGAGGCCCGAGUGCAAAAGUAAAUCGCCAACUUUGCUCUCCUCCUACUGCAUCGACAGCAUCCUGGGCCGAAGGAGCCCGUGCAAGAUGCGGCUGCUGGGAGCUGCGCAGAGCUUGCCCGCCCCGUUGGCUGGCCGCGCCGACCCGGAGAAGGCCGUGCAAGGCUCUCCCAAGGGCAGCAGCGCCCCGUUCGAGGCCGAGCUGCACCUGCCGCCCAAGCUUCGGCGCCUGUACGGCCCCGGCGGGGGCCGCCUCCUCCAGGGCGCCGCCGCAGCUGCGGCAGCGGCAGCGGCUGCGGCCGCAGCGGCCACGGCCACGGCCACCGCGGGGCCACGGGGGGAAGCGCCGCCGCCGCCCAGCGCGCGGCCCGGGGAGCGGCCGGAUGGCGCGGGGGUCACGGUGGCCGCUGCGGCUGCCGCGGCCGCCGCCUGGGACACGCUCAAAAUCAGCCAGGCGCCGCAGGUGAGCAUCAGCCGCAGCAAGUCGUACCGUGAGAACGGGGCGCCCUUCGUGCCGCCGCCGCCCGCGCUGGAAGAGCUGGGCGGCCCGGGGGGCGCCACGCACCCCGACGAGCGUCUCGGCCCGGCCGCCGGCCCCGGCGGCGCCCCGGCGGCGGGGGGCGGCCCGGGCGCCGAGGACGAUGAAGAGGAACUGCUGGAGGACGAGGAGGACGAGGACGAGGAAGAAGAGCUGCUGGAGGACGACGACGAGGAGCUGCUGGAGGACGACGACGAGGAGCUGCUGGAGGACGACGCGCGCGCGCUCCUCAAGGAGCCCCGGCGCCUCGGCGUGGCCGCCCCGGGCGCGGUGGCCGCUGCCGCCGCCGCUGCCGCCGCUGCUGCUGCCGCCGCCGCCGCCGCGGCCACCGAGGGCGGGGAGCUGUCGCCCAAGGAGGAGCUGCUGCUGCACCCCGAGGAUGCCGAGGGCAAGGACGGCGAGGACAGCGUGUGCCUGUCGGCGGGCAGCGACUCGGAGGAGGGCUUGCUGAAGCGCAAGCAGCGGCGCUACCGCACCACGUUCACCAGCUACCAGCUGGAGGAACUGGAGCGGGCCUUUCAGAAGACGCACUACCCCGACGUCUUCACCAGGGAGGAACUGGCCAUGAGGCUGGACUUGACUGAGGCCAGAGUCCAGGUGUGGUUCCAGAACCGUCGGGCCAAGUGGCGCAAGCGGGAGAAGGCGGGUGCUCAGACGCACCCCCCGGGCAUGCCUUUCCCUGGGCCCCUGUCGGCCACGCACCCGCUCAGCCCCUACCUGGAUGCCAGCCCCUUCCCUCCACACCACCCAGCGCUGGACUCGGCUUGGACGGCCGCUGCUGCCGCCGCUGCUGCCGCCUUCCCGAGCCUACCACCGCCUCCCGGCUCGGCCAGUCUGCCGCCCAGCGGGGCGCCGCUGGGCCUGAGCACUUUCCUCGGAGCCGCCGUGUUCCGGCACCCAGCCUUCAUCAGCCCUGCAUUUGGCAGGCUCUUUUCGACCAUGGCCCCCCUGACUAGCGCGUCGACCGCGGCCGCGCUCCUGAGACAGCCCACGCCGGCCGUGGAGGGCGCCGUGGCUUCGGGCGCGCUGGCUGACCCAGCCACGGCGGCCGCAGACAGACGCGCCUCUAGCAUAGCAGCGCUGAGGCUCAAGGCCAAGGAGCACGCGGCGCAGCUCACGCAGCUCAACAUCCUGCCGGGCACCAGCACGGGCAAGGAGGUGUGCUAA